AUGACGUUGCUCAACGAUAGUCAACAAUUUACAGUUUAUAUUGGUUUUUUUCUUCUAAUUAUCGGUAUAAUUGGAAAUGGAAUUAAUAUUUUGAUCUUUUCCAAAUUUCGUACAUAUCGUCAAACUCCUUGUACAUUUUAUUUUCUCAUUGGUUCAAUAUCGAACAUGAUCUACAUAUUACUUAACAUUACUCUUCGUAUUUUAAAUGUUGGUUAUGGAAUUGAUAUUAUUGCUGCGUUGAGUAUUUGGUGUAAAUUUCGACAAUUUCUUCUUGUUAUACCUGGAAUAUUCUCAAUGAAUCUUUCGUGUUUAGCGGCAAUUGAUCAAUUUUUAAUUACGUCGAAAAAUGUAUGUGUUCGUCAUUUCAGUCGAAUAGAAUUUGCUCAUCGAAUUGUGAUUCUUUCCCUCAUUUUCUGGUGUGUUCACGGUAUUCCAAUCUUUGUAUUUUAUAACAUUUUAUAUCCAACAAAGGUUUGUAUGAAUACAAAUGCUGGUUAUGAUAUUUAUAUCGUCUUCUAUCUACUUGGUCUAAUUUGUGCAAUACCGAUAUUGAUUAUGGUUUUAUUCGGAUGGUUAACUUAUCGAAAUAUUUGUCAAAUUAAACGUCUCAAUGCAUUACAAGUUGAUCGUCAAUUGAUACGAAUGACUUUUACUCAUGUAAUUCUUUCCGUGAUUAGUUUACUUCCUUUUGGGAUUUAUCAAACGUAUGCGAGGCUUACGAAAACUGUUUUCAAAGAUUCCGAUCGGCAAAUGAAAGAAUAUUUCGUUUCUACAGUGCUCAGUAUGGUAACAUAUAUUUAUUUCGUCGGAAGUUGUUAUAUAUUCUUAAUUUCAUCAAGAAGUUUUCGACAAAAGACAAGGAAUCAGUUGUUUCCAUGGCGACAACGAACUCAAAUACAUACAAAUUAA